AUGAGUACUACUUCACAAUCAAAUCUGGUGAAGAGAAGGACACAACCAGAUGAGCCACCUUUCGAUGAUGUUGAUGAUGCCUCGCUCGAUUCCAGAAUGCAGAGAGUACACACAAAGAGUCAAGACAGUGCCCCUGUCAAAAAGCAGAGAGUAUACACAAAGCGUCAAGACAGUGCCCUUGUCAAAGCCUUCAGAUUCAUCGGCUCAGUAAUUUGGGUCCUCUUAAUUACAACUGGUAUGUGGCUAGCUGCACCAGUCACAUUCGUAAUUGGACCUGUUCUUAGAACGUUUAAAGUCAGGAAGUAUUACUACCCAUUGGAGUUGCUGAGCCGUGCUUGGGCAUGGGGCGUGCUCUGGAUCAAUGACAUUGAUAUCACAGUGGAGGGAGGACACCUCCCAGUCGAGUGCGAGGGCAAGUCCACCAUCCUCAUGUACAGCCACGCUUCAAACGUCGACCCCAUCACCCUGAUGGGCUACACUCAGAAUCCAUCCAAGUUCAUCUUCAAGAAGGAGCUGCUCUACUUUGUGCCCUACGUCUUUGCCAUUGGCAUGAUCAUGGGCCACAUCCCAAUCAACAGAAAGAAGCGUCAGUCUGCCUUUGAGUCGAUUGACAUCGCCGCAGCCAAGGUCAAGGACUACAAGGCAUGCGUUGUCAUCAGUCCCGAGGGCACCCGAUCCAACGACGGCAUUCUCCAGCCAUUCAAGAAGGGACCAUUCCACAUGGCACUCAAGUCUGGCGCCAGGAUUGCCCCAGUCGUUCUUUUUGGUAACCACGAGGUGUGGCCAACCAGCAGCUUGUUGCCAAGCUCUGGAUCAGUUUACGUUAGAUACUUGCCAUCGUUUGAGAUUGGAGAGAAGGAUGAUAUUGACUCAUUGUUGGAGAAGACUUAUGAAAUGAUGCAUGGUGCACUUGUCACGCCACCAGAGGGCUUUGAGCCACACAAGAAGGGCUGUCAGAUUGGUCAUGCAGCAAUCUUCUUGUCAAUCUGCAGUUGUGUCGGUGUUGCAAUUGCCAACUACUUUGGCUUCUUU